CUCUUUUCUCCACCACUUCCUUGGUGACUACUCGUGUAUUUCGUGACUUCAGUGACUUGACCAUGCUGGCCCGCCGCAUUCUUACGUCCAAGGCCAAGAGCAGCCUUGUCCCUGCCUUCACGGCGCGCUCGUUCUCGGCGCCCGCGACGACCAAGGACGACUACUCUUCCCCAGAUCACUACUUUGACGACGAAGUCAAGGCCAACGCUGGGGACCCGUCCAAGCGUGCGUUCACGUACUUUGUGUUGGGGGGUUCGCGCAUUGCGUACGCGACCGCCGCCCGCCUCGCGGUCAUCAAAUUCGUCGGCUCCAUCAGUGCAUCCGCCGACGUGUUGGCCUUGUCGACCGCCGAAUUCAGCUUGGCCAGUAUUGAACCCGGUUCCACCAUCACGGUCAAGUGGCGUGGCAAGCCCAUCUUCAUCAAGCACCGCACCGAAGCCGAGAUCGCCAAGGCUCGUGACGUCGACCUGAGUCAACUGCGCGACCCCGAGUCCGACGAAGUGCGCGUCCAAGACCCCAAGUGGCUGGUCAUCUUGGGUAUCUGCACGCAUUUGGGGUGCGUGCCCACGUCCAACGCCGGCGAAUACGAUGGCUGGUUCUGCCCGUGCCACGGCUCCCAUUACGACUUGAGCGGCCGCAUCCGCAAGGGCCCUGCGCCGCUCAACAUGGAAAUCCCGCCCUACAAAUUCGUGGACGGAGACCGCGUCUUGUUGGGCUAAAUGCAUCUUGAUUUUUCCCAUAGAAGGUAGCCAGGCUGGUUGAUUCUUGAAUUAUAAUGCAAGUUGUCGGCGCGUGCAGUUUCUACUUCGAGUGCGAGCAGUGUACGAGUAGAAGGGCUUGCCUAGCCA